CAGGCGCUCCUAGGUCUUCCGGCCUACUGUGGGAGACGGUCCGGAACGUUCAGGACUCUGGAGCUCUGCCUUCAGAAAUUUCUACAGUUUUCCAAGAGAGACCAGCAAAAUAUGAACAAAUCCUAUGGAUCCUUCUCAUUUGAGGAUGUGACUGUGGGCUUUACCCAGGAGGAGUGGCAGCAUCUGGGCCCUGCUCAGAGGAUCCUGUACAGGGAUGUGAUGCUGGAGAACUACAGCCACCUUGUCUCAGUGGGGUGUUGCAUCCCUAAACCAGAAGUGAUCUUGAAGUUGGAGCAAGGAGAGCAGCCAUGGAUACUAGAGGAAGAGUCCCCAAGCCAGAGCUACCCAGGAUUGCCCACAGAUAUGCUUUCCUGCCAUACAAGUCCACAUUUCAUUCCUAACAUACUUGGGGAUUCUUGUGAAUUAAUACAUGAAAAGUACAUGGAGCAGUGCUUGGCGUAUGAAGUCUGCAAAGUUGAUAACCAACUAGAAAAGAAUCAAGAAACCCAGGACAGACAUUUUUGUCAAGCCCCGUUUAUCAACAACAAAACACUGACUAUGCACAGAGGUAAUGUAUUAGGAAGCAUUUUUAAUUUCAGCACAGACACAGUUCCUUCCAUAAAAAUACCCUGUAGGUGUGACUCGUGUGAUAUGAAUUUGAAAUGUAUUUCAGAAUUAAUUAUUAAUAAGAAAAACUCUUUAAGUAAGAAGCCUGUUAACCUCAAUACAUAUGGGAAAUUGUUCCUUCAUAUUAACCAUGAACAAACUCAAAUGGGAGAGAAACCUUGUGAAUUCAUUCAAAAUGGAAAAUACCUCAGUCAUAAUGAAGAUUUCAUCCCAUAUCAGAGAAUUAAAAAUAUAGAGCAAUCCUUUAUUCAAAGCGAUAAGGAAUACAAGGAAUGUUGGCAAGCUUUCCAUGAGAAGGCAGUUGUCAUUCCAUAUAACCAAGCUCACAUAGACCAGAGUCCUUGUGAACAUAAUGAAUCUGAUAAAACUUUCUGUAAUGAUUCAGCCCUCAUGGUCCGUAAGAUGGCACAAAGAACAGAAAAUCCUUGUGAGUUUCAUGAAUAUGCUAAAACUUUUGAGAAGUCAUCUCUCUUGGAACACAGAGUUCAUGUAGAGGUGAAAGGUUAUGAGUAUAUUGAAAGAGUGGAUAAUUUCAAUGGGAGAUCAGACUUCCCUGACACAGGAGAGAGAAUAUUUGAAUAUAACAACUUGGGAGAACCCUUCUGGGAGAAGUCAGUUCUGAAUGUAACUCAGAGAACACACAUAGGAGACAAGGUCUGUGAAUGUAAUGAAUGUGCAAAAACAUUCUGCAAAAAGUCAAAACUCACCAAACAUCAGAAAAUACAUACAAGAGAGAAACCCUAUGAAUGUAAGGAAUGUGGGAAAUGCUUCUCUCGGAAAUCUCUCCUCACUUUACAUCAGCGAAUCCACACAGGAGAGAAACCAUACAAAUGUAAGGAGUGUGGGAAAUGCUUCUCUAGAAGUUCACACCUCAUAAUUCAUCAGAGAACUCACACAGGAGAGAAACCCUAUGAAUGUAAGGAAUGUAGAAAAAGCUUCUACCAUAAGUCAUAUCUCACAGUACACCAGAGAAUUCACACAGGGGAGAAGCCCUAUGAAUGUAAUCAGUGUGGAAAAACCUUCAUAAGCAACUCAGUCCUCACAAUACAUCAGAAAACACACACAGGUGAGAAACCCUAUGAGUGUAAUCAAUGUGGAAAAUUCUUCUCUAGAAACUCCUACCUUACAGUACAUCUGAGAACUCACACAGGGGAGAAACCCUAUGAAUGUGAGAUAUGUGGAAAAACUUUUUGUCACAAGUCAGAUGUCACUAAACAUGAGAAAACUCACAUAGGGGGAAAACCCUAUGGAUGUAAUCAGUGCGGAAAAACCUUUAGUCGCAACUCAGGUCUAAAAGUACAUCAGAGAACUCACACAAAGGAGAAGCCAUAUGAAUGUAGUGAGUGUGGGAAAUCCUUUUCUGAGAAAUCAGUCCUCACAGUACAUCAGAGGAUACACACAGGGGAAAAACCUUAUAAGUGUAAUGAAUGUGGAAAAACCUUCUACAAUAAAUCAGACCUCACUAAACACCACAGAACUCACACAGGUGAAAAACCUUAUGAAUGUAAGGAAUGUGGGAAAUUCUUCUCUAGGAAUUCAUACCUUACAGUACACCAGCGAACUCAUACAGGAGAGAAGCCCUAUGUGUGUAAAAAAUGUGGGAAGACUUUUUGCCAUAAGUCAGAUUAUACAAUACAUAAACGAACACACAGAGGGGAAAAAUCGUAUCACUGUAAUCAGUGUGGGAAGACCUUUACUUGCAGUUCAGUCCUCAGAUCACAUCAGAGAACUCACACAGGUGAGAAGCCCUAUGAAUGUAAUGAGUGUGGGAAGUCAUUUUCUGAGAAAUCCAUUCUCACCGUACAUCAGAGAAUACACACAGGGGAGAAACCUUAUGAGUGUAACGAAUGUGGGAAGUCCUUCUAUCAUAAGUCAGAUCUCACUAAGCAUCAGAGAACACACACAGGAGAGAAACCCUAUAAAUGUAAUCAUUGUGGGAAAACCUUCAGUUGUAACUCAGGCCUCAAAGUACAUCAGAGAAGACACAUAAGAGAGAAGCCCUAUGAAUGUAUUGAGAGUGAGAAAACCUCCAAGAAAACAGUUAUCACAGUACAUCCAAGGUUACACACAGGGGAAGAAAAUUUCUAAACACAGCAGUGAGAGAAAUCUUUCUCUUGUGAUUCAUACCUCAAAAUACCACAGAAAAUUCACAAAAGACCUGACCCCUAUGAAUGUAAAGAAUGGCAAAUCUUUUACCGUAAGUCAUCUUCCAAAGUAAAGAAGAGAAUAUUUAUAGUGGCAAAUACUCUGAAUUUGGUGAAUGUUUAAAAAUCUGUUGUAAGUAAGACAACUAAAAGUGACUGUUUGUAGAAGAAACCCUAUUAAUGCGUGUAGGAAAUAUGGGGAAUUAUUUUUAUUAUGAAGUAGAGCUUAUUAAACAAAGAACUUACAUAGGAGAUAAUCCUGUCAAUCAAACAAAUGAGUGAAAAUGUUCUUCCAGAAUUUGGCCAGAAAUAACAAUCAGACCACCCUUGGGAAAAAGUGUCAACAUCUUGUAUUUUUUUGAGACCUUCAUAACACAAGUUGUAUUCAAUGUAUGUCAGGGAAAUAAUAGGGAAAAUACCCAAAGAAUGCA